UAUUAUAGUUCGGUUUCCGUCUCACAAUCAGUCUCAUUUACAUUAUUGCCGACGACAAAUGUCGGCGUCAAACAAGAAACUAAUAGUAUUUUAACAAGUAGUUUUUAAUUUUUAUAUUAUGUAAUUUAUUUUUAAUAUAAGUAUAUAAUAAUGUCAAUAUAGUUUAGUGAAAAAAUUAACGGAGUGUGAAACAAGAGUAGGUUGUAGGAUGAAUUUUUUUGACAUCAAUAAUUCACGUUUUGCGAAUGUUACACUACGAAGAAAAUCAAUCUCUAAUGAUGUGGAUGAUGAUUCUCAACUGCCAGUAGAACCCACCCAAUCAGAAAUGGCUAAGAAUACAGCAGAGAGUAGGAUUCCAAUUCCGAGGGCUGUUCGACCUUCUUUUUUGCCAAAAUUAAGAGCGAAUAAAUUAACAUCAGGUCACAGACGCUCUGCUAUUAUUUCCGGUUAUCCCCAAGUUUCCAACUACGAGACAGACAUUACUACUCCAAAAGUAAAAAAUAUUAAAAGAGCUGCGUCUACACCUGCAACACAAGGAAAACCAGAUGGAACGUAUAAUACUGCUCGCGCCUGGAGUGCAGACAAUAAUGAUGAUGAACGUUCGGAAUGUCUCAGCAAUGAGAAGCUGGACUUUCUUGGCUUGGUCGAGGAUCCCCAGUUGAAGAGACUCGAUGAAGGUGAAGACAAUAAUUGCCAUCUAGAGGUGAAUAAUCUCGUACCGUUUGGAGAUGUGGGUACAACAGCGUCAGCGCCUCCUCACUAUUUAAUGCUUCAUAAGCAAAAUUCCUUCGAGCACGACGAGAGUUUGGGUAUUCUCACUCCGGAUCAAAUGCCCGACUUCACAGUGGCGCUCGAAGGUUCAAGAACGCCAUCCUGCGAGAAUCUCACAGGAUCAGGAGGUGCUGGUAAAUUAAUGCGUCAUUCGGCAUCGCGCCCAUCAGAAGUACCAUUAUCAAUUGACGUUGAACCAAUUGCCAAUUCAAUUGAGAGGAGUCCAUCACCUGAAGAAUUGCCACUUGAUCCAAAACCAGCUGAACCAGUGAGAUCGGUACUGCCCGUGAGUUUUAUAACUUCAAUAACAAGUAUCACAAGUCUUGAAGCUGGCUAUCAAGGCGAUGGGGAAAAUUCACGACCAGCAAGUCGUGGACCUGAACUUCCAUUAGUUGUUGCACCUUCAAAUCUUAUUGUUGCUCCUUGUCGACAAGAUCCAAUGACAGACUCUGAUUUCUUCACUGAAAGUGAUGCAGAUGCACAUGAAGAAAUAAUAAGAGGCGACAGACGAGCACAAGUGAUUGAUGGAACAUUAUUUUGUGCGCCCGGUGGAAGAAUAUGUCCUAGUUUCAUGGGUGAGGAAAUGGACUCAAGUGGUAUUUAUUCUGAUCUCGAUAAAAGACAGGAUGAUCGUCCCAAUGGUGAAGAAAUAUUCAGUGAAGAUCGCACUCCCGAUACUGCUGACACUGAACUUUCUCAAAAGAGUCAACUGUCGCCUAAUAUUAAGCCUGAGCCUGCUCAAAUUAUAUUGAACUAUUUGCAGGAUACUUCGAAAAAUGUUUUGGAAGUUAGUAAUGAUUCCAUGGAAUCAAGUAUGCCGAUGGAGGUGACGACAAUUGAAGUCGAUAGAAACCGAAAUCGUCAAAUUGAAACUGAUGAUGAUCAACAGUCAAAACCAAACAAUAAUAUUAAUAAUAUUAAUAAUAAUAAUAAAAAUGAUAAUCCGCCGCAUGUAAAAAAAUAUAAAAUGCCGAAACGUAAUGUCAUUUCGAAAAUUAAAGAAAUGAUCGAAUCGGGACAAAAAGAUGAAAGUAAAGAAAGUAGAAGACCACAGAGGACACCGAGAAAAAAUGGUAGAUGGGACGCAGUAAUGAAUAAAAUUGAAGCUGGUAAAAAUGAAGCCAGAGCGAGAGUAAUGCGAAAGGAUGUGAAAUCCAGAGUUUUGCAGAAUCUCACAAAUGCCACAACUUCAUCUGGAAGAAGAAAUUGUGGUGAUGCGAACAAUAAUGCUGGUUCUAAUAAAGAUAAACGACGGGGGAGAGGUCGUCAGGAGACUAAAUCGCCGAAUCAGGAAACUGCUCGCAGUUCAGUACGAAGUUCUACGAGUGAUUUAAGCAGUGCUCCCGGCAAAGACGUUCCAAAGAGAUCACCUCCAACGAAUAAUCAAACGAGGAGACAAGUAAAUGGAAGAAGCAAUCAGGUUUCACGUACAAAUAGUUAUGAAGCAAAGAAAACGUGUCUUGAUCCUCCAACUGUUAAUUUGGAAAAAAGUCCAUCGGCAACGAGAAAAGCACCAAUUGUACGACGAGCCGCGACAAUCAUCCCAAAUAAACAAAAGAGUUCCUCUUCUAUUAAAGAUCGUGGACCAAAAGAAACUACUACGUCUCCAGGAACGAGAGAAAAAACUGCCCAGACUGAUGCUGUGAUUAAUGAGAAUUUUAAUAUCAAAAGAGCCGAAAGUACAAUUCAAGCUCUUUCGAUUACCGUCAAUUACCUUGCUAAUGAGCUUGACGGAUUCUCUUCGUUGAGGUGGAGAAGAAAUUACGAGAUGAUGAAGACGAAGUGGUUAACUGCAAAUGAAAAUGUCGAAAAUUUGAGGAGCAGACACAUUGCUAUUGAACAAUCAAUAGAAGAAAAUAAAGAAGAACACCGAAGAGCCUUGGAGAGACUACAAGAAAAUUUGGAUGUCCAGCACGCGGAACACAUCAAAGGUUUGGAACAAGCGAUGCGUGAAGAGCGAGCUUUGUUUGAAAGGCGACUCCAGGAGACGGCCAAGGAAAAUCGUGCAACUAUUGCCAGGUUACAGGCUGAACAUGAAACGGAGCUUACUCGCGUCAAAGAGGAUGAGACUGAUAAUAGACGAAUAUUCGUUCACGAUCAAGGUGCAGUUUUACAGGCCGAGGCGGAUUCCUUGCGAACUGUGCUUGAUCUUAGGAGCAAGGAAAUCACUGGACUGAGAUCGGAGAUUGAUUUUCUGAGACGAGAAUUAGAGGGUAAACAAAUGUUAGAGCAACGUGUCGAGUCAUUGGAAGCAAAAUGCGAGGACUUGAAAGCACAACUUCAAAGUAAAGAAAUUUAUGAACGUCAAAUUUCCCAUGAAAAUGAAGUAUUAUUAGAUUCCUAUCAUGAGGCAUCGAAACAUAAUAAACGUCUAACGCAACGCAAUGAGGAACUUCUUUGGAGGUUGAGACAAAAAAAUGAAGUUGUCAAUGUAUUGGCAACACAAUUGGCAACACCACCACAAAGACUUUCACGUUCACUUGGUCCUGAGCAUAUUGAUCAUACAAUAACCGGUAGCAAUAGUCCACAAUCAUCAUCAAUGGUGAAAUAUAUUGUUGAAAAGGGUGAUUCAAUAUCGUGGACAGUGACAAUGGAUGAGGCUGCAGAACGUGUUGCACCAUCGCGACGUAAUACAGUCUCGAGGCAAAGUUCAUUGAGACUUGCAUUGCCACGCGGACAAACAACGUCUUCAGUGCGUGCACGAUCGAAAAGUGUUUCGGUGAGCGAGCCAAAUGAAACAAAUACAUGGACACCGGCCUUUAAUUCGACGCCAUUGAGACGACGACCGGGCAGCGUUUCACCGUCAACAAAUUCAGAAUCUGUCGAGGAGACGAGCACUGGCCCAAGACCACAGGAAGCCGGUGGCGAGGCAAUGAUCUCAGAGGAGACAUCAACAUCGAGCAGCGAAGACGAAUCAUUUGCAAAUGGCGACAUUUCUCGACUGACUAUGGAUUUUUGGGAAAAAUCAUCGGCCGAGUAAAUUGUGCGUGUCUUUCGUGCUUCUUACAUUAAAAGUAUUAGCAUUCUAUUUUUUUUUUUCAAAUAUUAUAUAUUACAAGGACAUUUUUUUUUUUUUUUUUUGGAAAUCAGUUGUACAUAAUUGUUUAUAAGUUUUAGUUUAUUUUUUUCUUUUGUGAAAACGAUGCGCGCAAUAGAAUUUUAUCUUUGCUUUAAAAAAAAAAAAAAAAAAAAAAAUUAAUUUAAUUUUCCUCAUUGUGUAUAAUGUAUAAUCGAGGAUUAUUGAAUAUCUUUUUUCUGUCUCUAUCUCCUUCUAUCUUCCUCUCUUUCUAUACAAUUAAAUAGAUUGUCUUUCGACAAAAACAUUAAUUUUUCUAUGUAUAAAGUUAUUUUAUUCGCUAUAGACUUCUUAAUCAUAAAAGUCACUUUAAAUUGUAAGGUAAAGUAGUUAUUAAAAAAACAAAAAAAAAAAAA